AUGGAACAGCUAAUAGGCACGAUACGAAACGUACAAGUAAAUCAGCCUGUAGCACCAGCGGCUGGAUAUAAUGCCGCAUCGUCUGUUCCUCGUCCGCCUCCGUUGGAGUUGGAGGGUGACAUGGAGAGGAACUACAAUUUUUUCGAAAUGAAUUGGAAAACCUAUGCCAGUGCGGUCGGCAUGGAUGAAUGGCCUGUGACACAGAACAAGCAGAAAACAAGCAUUUUGUUAUCCGUUGUUGGAAAAGACGCGUUGAAAAAAUAUUUUAAUUUUGAACUAAACGAUGAGCAGCAAAACGACCCAAAUCUCGCAUUGGCGGCAAUUAAGCUUAAAGUUGUACGGGAACGAAACAAGUUUGUCGAUUGGUUUGAUUUUUUUUCGUUGUUGCAAGACGCCGCUGAGAGCAUUGAUAAUUAUUUAUGCCGUUUGAAAUCGCUUGCAAAGUUAUGUAAAUUCGGUGUGUUAGAAGAAGACAUGAUCAAAUACAAGCUAGCUACAUCGAUCAAGUGGUUGAAGCUUCGAUCGAAGUUGAUCACUACCCAAAACUUGACGGAAGCAAGUGCUAUGAAUUUAUGUCGUGCUGAGGAAAUCACAGAAAGGCAUCCGGCUACCGUGGGUCAAUCAAGUGUAGAGGUUAAUAUGGUGAAGAAAGAAAAAAUGAAGUGCAAAUUCUGUGGUGGUAGGCACGAUUUUACUAAAGGUGUUUGCUCGGCACUAGGGAAAAGGUGCAACCGAUGUGGUGGAAAAAACCACUUUGAAAAAGUGUGCAGAGCUGAGCGAAAGAAGCAGUUUAAGAAGAAGCUCCGUGUUAAGAAAGUGGAUGAAGAUAGCAGCUCCGGCAGUGAAUCGCCAGAAAGUAGUGGAAAUGAAAACACUGAAUUAGACUAUGGUGAAGAUGUGUCUAUCGGUAAAAUCAUCGACAGGUCCGGCAGUGGCGGACAUGUUUUAGCGGAUUUGGAUUUAUUCCUUGCUGGCAAAUGGCAGGUAGUACAAUGCGAAUUGGAUACUGGCGCGAAUACAAGCCUUGUGGGACACGAUUGGUUGGAAAAGAUGACCGAAAACAGCAAAAUCGAGUUGUUACCAUCCACGUAUCGCCUGCAAGGUUUCGGUGGCAGCAACAUUCCAGUUAUUGGGCAGGUGAAAAUUCCAUGUCAGAGAAAAGGUCGUAAGUAUAACCUUGUUUUACAAGUAGUUGAUGUCAGCCAUGGACCACUUCUAUCGGCAAAUGUUUGCCGCAUACUGGGUUUUGUAAAGUUUUGUAAUACGGUGAAGUUCACGGCGCCAAAAUCAGAACAAGAACUGUUGAACAUUUACCGUGUGAAAGCUCAGGAUAUCGUUAAGCAACACGAAGAGGUUUUUCAAGGUAUCGGCAAAUUCUCUGGAACCGUCUCUCUGGAGGUAAGCCCAGACAUUACACCUUCGAUACAACCUCCUCGAAGAGUGCCAAUUGCGAUGAGAGAAAAGCUGAAAGAGGAGCUAAAGAACCUCGAGUGCGAUGGGGUAAUUGUGAAGGAGACUCAACACACCGACUGGGUCAGCAACAUCGUUUUGGUGAAACGCAAGGAGCAGAAGUCAGAGUCCGUUCGGAUUUGUCUCGAUCCGAUUCCACUAAACAAAGCGCUUAAACGUCCCCAUCUUCAGUUCACUACCAUCGAUGAAAUUUUACCUGAGUUGGGAAAGGCAAAGGUAUUCUCAACAGCGGAUGCUCGUAAAGGGUUCUGGCACGUGGUACUGGACGAACGUAGUAGCCGGUUGACGACCUUUUGGACUCCGUUUGGUCGCUACAGGUGGACUCGCCUACCUUUUGGAAUCGCUCCUGCUCCGGAUAUUUUCCAAAUGAAGCUACUGGAAGUGAUUGAAGGGCUACAUGGAGUAGAAUGCAUUGCCGAUGAUUUGCUGAUUUAUGGAAUCGGUGACACGCUGGAGGAAGCUUUGGAGAACCACAAUGUCUGCUUGGAGAAGUUGUUGGUUCGCUUAGAGAAGUGCAACGUGAAGCUGAACCUGAGCAAGCUUAAGUUAUGUGAAACGUCGGUAAAAUUCUAUGGGCACAUGUUGACAAACAAAGGAAUCCAACCAGAUGAGAUCAACGUGUUCCAGAAACCAUUACUCUCUGCACCGCGACGUCUUCAGCACAUGUUGCUAAACCUACAGCGCUAUCGAUUAACAAUAGAGUUUGUGACUGGGAAGGAAAAUGUGGUGGCUGACGCGAUAUCCAGAGCACCAUCCUAUGAAAAUCGAGCUGAUGAUAGUUUCGAUAAGCGAAACAUCUUUCGUGUAUUUCGUGAAAUUGAGGAAGUGAGCCUAUCAAGUUUCCUGGAAGUCAAAGAUGAGCAGCUGAACGAGAUCAUCGGGGAGACAAAAGCAGAUCCGUCUUUACAGCUUCUGGUGCGAUUCGUUCAGGAUGGUUGGCCGUCAUCCGUUGAUAAAGUGCCAGACAGUGCAAAAGUGUUUUUUAAAUACAGAAAUGAGCUCAGCACUCAAGAUGGAAUCGUCUAUCGCAACGACAGAAUUGUGGUACCAUAUUCGCUACGUCGGAAGUUAACUGAAAAAGUCCAUGUAAGCCACAAUGGUAUAGAAGCGACUCUCAAAUUGGCACGGGCGAAUCUCUUUUGGCCUGGAAUGAGUGCCCAGAUCAAGGAAGUAGUUUCUCAAUGCAGCGUUUGCGCCAAAUUUGGUUCGUCUCAAUCGCCAGCACCGAUGCAAAGCCACCCUGUCCCUGUGUACCCAUUCCAAUUGGUCUCAAUGGACGUUUUCUUCGCGGAAUACCAGGGAAAGAAUCGUAAAUGGCUAGUUACCGUGGACCACUUCUCAGACUUCUUUGAAGUUGACCAACUGAAAGAUUUAACCCCAAAGUCAACAAUUGCUGUGUGCAAAUCUAAUUUCUCACGACAUGGUAAACCACAGCAGGUCAUUUCAGACAAUGGAACAAAUUUUGUCAACAGAGAGUGGAAACAGUUCGCGAGAGAUUGGAACUUUUACCAUACUACAUCUGCACCACAUCAUCAACAAGCCAAUGGAAAAGCUGAAGCAGCAGUGAAAAUAGCAAAACGAUUAUUGAAGAAAGCAGAGGAAGCGCAAAGCGAUUUUUGGUACGCGUUGUUGCACUGGAGAAAUGUACCUAACAAAAUUGGUUCCAGCCCUGCUACACGAUUAUUCUCCCGCAACACACGCUGUGGCAUACCUACGUCUGCCAACAAUCUGAUGCCAAAGCUGGUAGCAGGAGUGCCACAAGCGAUCGAAGAGAGAAGACGGAAGACUAAACUUCAAUAUGAUCGGAAAACAAAAAAUCUUCCUCAAUUAGAGACAGGGUCUCCGGUAUACGUGCAGCUAAAUCCAGAGAUAUCCAAGCGGUGGACACCUGCCAUGAUUAGUAACAAGUUGAACGAACGGUCAUAUGUUAUUGACGUAAACGGUGCUCAAUAUCGACGUGAUUUAGUGAACUUGAAACCACGUAACGAACCUCAAACGCCAAAAGUUAUUCCUGAUCCAGCCACUAUUCCUAACGUCGAACCACUUGCUGCAGAGAAGUCAUUCAACGAGCCAUCGUUCUCGACAGUUACUGAGAAUACAAUUCCAAAUCGAACAUCAAUUCCCAGUAUACCUGAUGCUAUAUUUCUGGAAGAAACUAGAACACCAAAACCGAUGAAAACUCCCAGAAUAUACAGACCAUCCAGCGAUCCAGUAAUCGAAGAAGAUAAAUAUACUAGAUCCAAGCGAAGUGUCAAACUUCCGAUUCGUUUCAAAGAUUACUGUCUUGAUUAG